AUAAGGGAGAGCACCCAGAAUCAAAGUGCGCAUGCGCAUAUUUAUCAAAACACCGAAGCUGCAGCGAUGAUUUUAUGACGAUUUUAUAAUUUAGCGUCAUGUUGUAUUAUUUUUUCGAUUUAGCUACUCGGACGCUGGUAACGUUUAAGCUUCAAGUCUGAACAACUUAACAUGUUUUAUUUCCCGAGAACUGUGUGAAAGAGGAUGGAUAACGUUACCGUGGCAGCUGUAGAGGGGACCGCUGUCUGUCCCCUGGUCGCUGAGGACAUGGAGGGGAUGGAGGGGAUCUGCGUGAUGCCUGACCUGAGCUCCAUAAAGACCGAGCAGUCGGUGGGUCCGACCCCCGACGAGCCAAGCCCUCAAAAUGUGGCCAUGGGCAUCAAGUUCAUCCUCCCCAACCGCUUUGACAUGAAUGUUUGCUCCAGAUUUGUGAAGUCUCUCAACGAGGAGGACAGUAAGAACAUUCAGGACCAGGUAAACUCUGACCUGGAGGUGGCUUCCGUUCUGUUUAAAGCUGAGUGCAACAUCCAAACCUCACCGUCGCCAGGUAUACAAGUACGUCACGUUUACACGCCUUCCACCACCAAACAUUUCUCCCCGAUUAAACAGUCUACCACACUGACCAACAAACACCGUGGCAACGAGGUUUCCUCCACACCGCUUUUGGUCCACUCUUUAUCCAUUCAUCAGCUGGCAGCCCAGGGAGAAAUGGUGUUUUUGGCCAGUAGGAUUGAACAAGAGACCGUAAUCAAUCUCCAAGACGACGAAGGUUUCACCCCUCUGAUGUGGGCUGCGGCGCACGGACAAAUCGCCGUUGUCGAGUUUCUGCUGCAAAACGGGGCUGACCCAAAUCUGCUGGCCAAAGGGCGGGAAAGUGCGCUCUCUCUGGCCUGCAGUAAGGGAUACACAGACAUAGUGAAGAUGCUCAUCGACUGCGGAGUGGAUGUCAAUGAGUACGACUGGAAUGGAGGCGCCCCUCUGCUGUAUGCUGUCCAUGGCAACCACGUGCGCUGUGUUGAGAUUCUGUUAGAUAGCGGCGCCGAUCCUACCGUAGAGUCAGAUUCGGGAUUCAACGCCAUGGAUAUGGCCGUGGCUAUGGGUCAUCGAAACGUUCAACAGGUGAUGGAGGCCCACCUACUGAAACUACUGAUGGGAAUCAGAGAGUGAACUCCUGGAGGACAGACUCCUUGUGGGACGUCGCUUGGUGCUGGACAAUCAUGUAGCAUGCCCUGGAUUACAGCCUGCGGGAAUAUUUUGAUCUCUUAAAAACAAAUAUAUUUAAUUCGUGUCGUAAAAUCUUAUUUAUUUAAUCUUGUGCACACGGCAGCUUGUUUUCACUUCUAACCCUUUUGGAAGCAGUCAUGCUCUGCACUUUAACGUAAUCCUCUGGAGUUGUAAACGUAAUUGGAGCACACCGAAGGACGUGGAAGUGAGGUGGAGACGAGUCGCAGACUACAUGUGAUGUUUUAAAUUAAGUAACGAUUGGUUAUUGGUUUUGUCACAUCCUAAUAUAUUAUUACACCUUUUCCACCUGUUGUUAAACCUCCUGCUGACCUAAAAGAGGUAGAGUGGACCCCGUGUGAAGUUUUCCGUUAUUUUUUUUGUCCCUGUGGUUUCGGGAACUGACGACCGUAACAUCUGCCUCGCUUUUCCCGAACGUAGAGCUAGGACUGCGGGAAGGUUAAAUAACUUUAACCAUACUGAAAUGGUUUCUAAAGUUGGAAAAAAACCAAAAAGUUGUUCAUCAUCACGUCUGGUCUUCACAGCAAGCACAUUUCAGAUGCACACUGAACCGUGAGAACAUGAAGCUGGCAACAUGUCGGUGAAUUAACCGAAUCUUUUUGUGUGUGAUUUUUUUGUUUGUUUUUAUUUGAAUGUAUUGCGGGCCAUUCUAGGGUCAGUUGUGUGUUUAUGUACAGCCACGUUUAGAUGUUUUGUGAAUUUAAAAAGACGGCACACUGCAAAUCGACAGCCCUAUGUGGUAUUGUGGUGCUUCUUUUGCAGUUUUGUAUAAAAUGGCUUGUGCAUUAAAACAGUCGUAAUUUUG